AUGUCGCAAAGGAAGUGCAAAGUAACCAGUGUAGCCAACGAUGACGAAAAAUCGGAAGCAAAGCAAACUUCUGACGCUGAAGAAGGAAGACAAGCUAUUCGCCGAGCAAACCAGCACCAAAAGCUCAUAAUAUCAGUACUUAUAUUUACGAUCAUAGCGUGGCUGGUGGGUAAGACUGAUAUUAGCAUAUUUUGGAUUUUUACACUGCUCGUAUGGAUCUUGUUUUGGUGGAAUAACACCGCUACACAUGUAAUAGACAGUGCUGUCAAAGAAGCAGAAAUUGAAAGGAGGCGACAAAAAGCAUUGUCGAAUGGAGAAACGGCAGAAUGGCUAAAUUUUCUGAUUAAUCGAUGGUAAGUGUGAGAGAUCAUUGUAUCCUGUUAUGAGCUGUAAACAAACCCGAUAGGUUUCUUGUACCGAAGUUAAGUUGUGUUUCGAUGCUGAGCGAAUGCACUUAACACUGUUCGCAGCGUAAACAAAAGUUCGGUGACUGUUCCUUAUAAAUUCUUAAAGAGAACAAGUUUAAAAUAUUUUGGUAUCUUUGUAACCUUUCUGGGAAAAAAAAAAGGAUGAAGGGCUUUUACUGCCUUUUGGAAACGAAUCUGUAUGAAUUCCUUGGUGCCCGCUGAGAGAAUAAGAUACCCCAUGAUUCUUACAUAAAGUAAUCGCCGAAAUGGAUGGGAAAAAUUGCCCUAGUAUUUGCCAUAAACUUUAAAUUUUCUGUUAUCAGAGAUGUCUAUCCCGAUAAAGUUCAAUAAAAUGAAAAGUAUGCAUCCAAUUGAAUUCAAUUGAAAUGUUUUGCAUAAAUAGCGUCCUCAAACUUAAAUGAGGCGAUUUCUCUUAAACUUUCUUCCAAUUGUUCUCUCCUGUCGUCUGGUCGGUGGAAUAGAAUCAUCUCUCUUCGAGAAGGCAAAAAUAAUAUUCUUCACUUGAUACAUUCUAUAGCGACAUCACUUAUAAAUAAAAACAUAGGAAAAUCAAAAUUAUUUCCUCGCAGAAUAUGCGGGAACACCAUCAGAAACAACACUUCAUCAUGGUAACACUUGACUUUCUAUAAAAGUUAUUGAUCGAUUUAAGUUCAAGCUUAAUUCACAUCUUAGUUAGGAAUUUUUUAAAAUCCUAUCCUAAACAGAGAAAUUUACCUCAACAUAUACAGUUUGAUCCAUUUCAGAUACUAAUCACGUGCAAGCCUUUAAUAUUUUAUGGCAAUUAAAUAGAAUUUCGCUCAAUCUCGACCGCACAAUUUAGUCUUAGACUAAUCACAAAUUUUCGACCAGACUGAUAUUACAUGGGGCUACCUCUGUUCUUAUGGCAUAAUUAAAACCAUCAGAUUCAUAAAACUUUUCUCUGUUAUUUCCUUGGUAUUGAGUUAUUCCAAUUACUUCUUUUCGAAGAAAAAUUAGACCAUAAUUCAAGAGGUGUUGAAGUGUUCAAAAAAAAAAAUUAUCAAUAUUUACAUGGCAAUUUUAAUACAGGGGCUGAAACCAUGAAUAUUUUUUUUCCCUCAUGACGAGUCUGCUUUCUUGUUCAAAUACUGAUGGAUCAUUUAGACUUUUAAAAAUGAAGGAAGAGGACCAAAAUACUUUCAUAAGCACGUUGAAGACUUGAGGAAAUACUUGUAGUUUACGGGGAAAAAAAGUAUUUGCACCUCAGACAGGUAAUUAAAACUUUUGACACUGCGAGUAGUUCGAAAUUAUUGUCGUUUGAAAUUCUAAACUUUAAAUAAGAGUAAAUUAAUUAAUCUGCAUUUGAGUUUAAUGGCCAAAGGCCGCUAAAAGCUGAUACAAAAAGUCCAUUUAAUGAAUCGGUACUGUUAUGUUUUUACUCAAACAGUCGUAUAGUUUUGUUUUUUAUUUAUCAUAUUUUCCUCGGCGCACAAGUUUUGUUAUAGAUAGAUUUUUUAUAGAUAGAUUAGUUAUAGCCAGUCAGAAUCCAGCUGUAAACGCAUCGAAAUUGAUAGCUCUUAAUCACGAUGACGGUAUUUACAGUACAUUCACCAGCAAGCUUCGUUUGAUCUAAAUUUUCUCAAUUUCAAUGCUCAUGGAUCACGUUCCUUUUAAAUUCACCAUUCCGCACCUUGAGAGCAAGGCUUGCUAUGAAAUAUGGUAUUGCGACUUAAUCAUCCAUGAGGCCUUUUAAAGCCAUUUUGUAAUGUCACACUAAGCUUCGUUACCGAGUAUCACUCUAAGAAUGAAUGGCGCGCCCACACUACCAAAGUGGAGGCUUUUUCUUUAUGAUCGGAACUCGUCAGUAGUAAUUUUUUUUCUGAAUACAGGUUGAAUGAUCUAUUACUUUUCCCAGUUUCAUGUGCUAGUUUCUCGCCGGUUUGGCUAAUCGGUAAACCGAGUAGCUUUGCGCUGUUACUGUCCACUUGCUGACUUGCCGGCGAAAUUCAGCACACCGGACUAAAGACUACUUUCAGUACACUGCUCAUCGAAACAUACCGAUCGUGAGUGCAGCUGCCUUUUCAAAAUAUCCUUAAAAUAUAUUCAAAUCGGUAGUAUUUUCUUACAGGUUUGUUUUCAGCGACAGAUCAUUACUGAGCUCCAUCAAAAGAAACCUGGAGCCGAUCCUUAAGGCCCAGAAGCCAUCCUACGUAGGUAAGAGUCCAAUGCUCCUAUGAAGCUACGCAGAGAGUAUAUGGUUGUAAGAACGCCCACCUCUUAAAUUAUCGCCGAGGCCUGGGUUCGAUUCCCUCAUAUGACGUAAUUUGCGGAUUGAGAUUAUUGUUAAUUCGUGUCUUAAAUCCAAGUGCUUUUCUUCCCGUUCUGCCGUUUUCAUGCCUCCACAAAAACCUGGACUAGUAGGCAAAAUAUAAAGGAAAAUUUAAAAAAUAUAGACAACAGGGCAAAAUAUAAAAUUAACAUUCACGGGACUUAUGAGGAAUUUUUUACUUCAGAUAACGCACAGUUUCAUUUUGGUAUCGUUGCGAGUCUCUUCAGGUUAUUUUAAGUCCAUUUUGCAAUGCUUCAUGAAACCGUUUAAGAGCAUGGAUCAACUGGUUCAAAAAGAAUUGAAAUCAGGGCACUUUCCAGUUAGAAAGGAAAAGGAAAACGGCCAAGUUUCGGAGUGGGAAUUACGAUGGAACGGCCUUUUCUUCUAAAAAGUUUUGAGUUAAAAAGAAUACACUCACAGUUAUUCUUCUCUUCUUUCUUUUACUAGAAUCGCUUGAGAAUUAUUGAAAAUGUUACAAAGUAUUCAGAGUCUUUCUAGCCAAGAGUUUUUUCGCAUUUUUCGAGACCCAGACAGAUUCAGGAUAAACACAACUCUGCUUAAGGAGCACACUUUUCCUCUUUCAUUUUGUUUUCGGGAAAAAUUAUACUUUCCCAUUCCUUAGGAGAGUCUCUUCGAUAUUCUAUCACAAAUGGAAAGCAACCCAAGGUUUCUUAUUUUUCGUCUUAUGUUUGUUUUUCACAACCUCAUAUAACCUCCUCUACUCAUUUUGAUUUAGGUUCCAUAGAGAUUCUGGAUUUCACCCUGGGCAAUAGAACACCUUACUUCAAAUACGUCACAUCUUAUGAUAACUAUGACGAUCAACGGAAUAUAAAAGCUACCGAGUUAAACUUUAAUCAUCCACCUGAUGAUCUGAUGACUAGAGGCAAAUACCAGGCAGUCAUUCAGCUGGAAGCCGGUCUGACUUCUCCAGAAGCAAGAUUCGUCAUAAGAAUCAGACUUGGUAACAAGGGGUAGGAGCAAUUGUGUUAUUCAUAUAAGAAAAAGAAAAAACCGCUCACUUUUCUCUUUACAAUCCUCAUAAAAUUAUCAAAUUUUUUCCACCCACUUAUCGGUUUUAAAAAAUUGCAUAUUCCAACAACAAUUUUUUAUUUGAAUGAAUUUAUCAUGAAAAGAAGAUAGUUUUAGGCCAGGAUUGACUCCAUGAUUUGGGAUGCUGUAAUGUGACUGUUAAAAAUGAAAGAGUCAAACCACAAGCCAAAAAAAAAAAAAAAGAAAGCGACCAAAAAAAAUUAAGUUACAAUCAAAUUCUGUUAUUUAUUGGUGCAGAAGCCUUCUAAGUAUCGUUAACGUUACCCAUAGAAAAUCAAAAAUAGAAAAGAAAAAAAACAGAGGUGUGGCACUUUUAAUUUGGCGCGCCCUUGUCGUGCAGAAAUUUUUGUUUCUUUUUCGUCUCAUUCUGACAGGAUGAAUGGAGGGGAAGUUGAAAUGAUCGGUUUGUUAAAGAUGAUUGGGAUUCUAUGAAACCUUUUGCUCAGUUGAAUCUAAAAACCUUAUUUUAACCUACAGUAUAACAAAGAAAUUUGCAGGCUUUUGCAUACAGUUAUUGACACUAGCCACGGUACCCCUUAUAUGCUAAUACUUAUGAGUAAGGACGAGGAUAAAUUGACUCGUGACAAAUAGUGCCACACUUUAAAGUUUGUCGGAAUACGCUCAAAGCCACUUAAUUUACCAUGCUCCGGUAAGACUGAGCUCAGAUGAGCAUACUAGAGAUUGGAAGAAUCGCUCGCGUUAUCUAAACCUAGAGUAUUCUGGGCAAACAAUUGAACCUGUUUGUCUUGCAGGUUUCUUGGCACCUGUACUGAUGUAGCAGUAGAAGAUCUUCAUAUUCACGGCAAACUGCAGCUGGUGCUGCUGUUUAAUCAAAAUGUUCCCUUUCCUCAUCUGGCAGCUGUAACAUUUUUCUUCACCGAAGAGUAAGAUGCGUUUAGUGUUUUAGAUAUACGCUAGAGUAGGCAGUUAACUCAAAACAAUGCCCUCGUUCAAAAUGAUCACUAACCUCAUUUUUCCCUAAAAUCCAUAUAUCAAUCAAUUGACAUUAUAAGAAUUUCUUUGUUUUGAUUUGCCUGUUUCAGACCAGACGUAUCGUUCAACAUUCGUCUCCUGAAGGCUGUACAACUAAUGGAGUUUCCCCUCCUCAGACAAUGGAUCACACAAAUGGUCAACGAUUACCUAAAACUAGGUGAAGAUACUUUUCUUUUGUCAUACCCAUUCAAGAGAGAAGGAUCUUCUCUUGAUCAAAUUAAGUAUUCCUUUUAGCCCAAACGUGGUAAAGAUCAACAACAAUUUGCACAGGCUCAGGCUCUAUAUCUCAAGUCGACAAGAGACUCACAUCGUCUCAUCCUGUCUUUCCCAAAGGCCUCAUUUCAAAUUAAAACCUUUCAGUUAAUUUUUAGACUCAAGGCCUCUGGAUGUUUUAUUGGGAAACGUUAAUCUUGAGAAAGAUUACAGUGUAACUUGGCCCUUCACACUCUAACAUCAGUCUGCAUGUUCUUAAUAGCGUGCUCCAUACUUAAUAGUGUACUCCAAGUUGGAUCUUGUCCCAACAGGCAAAUCAGCGAUAAUAGUGCAGGGGAUCAAACAGGUUUCACCGUUUGCAUAUAAUUCAAAAGGAAGAUUAAGACUGAAAGAUUUACAAUGACACGUGUUCCUACCUGCAGCUUUAGUAGAUCCUGGCCACAUAACAAUUCCAUUUUGCGACGAUCCUGAGGUUGUCGGAAGAGGAGCAGCAUAUGGUGAGUGGAUCCACCAAAAAUUAUUAUUGUGACUACGACUCAUGCUGUUGUCAAACAAUGGUUUCUUUUCUCCCGGGUUUCUCAAGAGGAAAGCACGUGUAAUAUAAGAAAACAAGAAAAGAAUCCAAAAUGCCACUCAGAAAGUUUCAAAAUACCUUCAGUUCUCUAUUAAUUAAACUUAAUCCUUACAUUCCUUAAUAUCUGUUUAAUCUGAAGCAUGCGGUGUUCUUACUUUGACAAUCAGUGGAGGAUCUCAUGGAAAACUAACAGGUAAAGCAUGAUUUAUUUUGCUUAUAACAGAGAUUUGAGGGCUAAUUUUAGGCGUUGAUGCAGAGUCACCUGACGAGGCUUUUUUCGCCAAAAUAUGAGGCUUUGUCAAAUCUCAUGAUGACCUUGGUAAGCUUGAAGGUUUGGGCCUCAACCCAGAAGAACUUGUGCUUUGUGCUUUCUUUGUGAUGCUAUCUGUAUAUGGCUUUAAGUUCUGGUCUUGUCGGAUGAGGACAAUAAAUCGAGGCCUUGUCUCCUUUCCCUGACUCCACAUCAGAGGUCAUAUCUUUUUCUUUCUCAAAAGAGCUUACACAUAGGAUUCUAGCCAUAACGAAUUAUGUCACAUUCUUUGCACCUUACCUAUAAGUAAUUCUUGUCUGUCGUAGAUGACCCUUACUGGUGCUCUGUUAAGAUUGAUGGUCAAAAGCGAUACACCAAGGAAGUGACGGGAGAAAAUCAAUGGAGUGCUAACGUAUCAUUGUUGGUGUAUAAUCUGCAUGCUGACAAGGUAAAUAUCUACCGAUAUUCAACAAAUCGUCUUAAGAUUAUGACUGACUAUGAACUGACCUCUCAUGUUCACUUAAAUGAGCUGUGCAUAAAUUGUUGAAGAAAAAAAAAUCUCAUAGUUAGAGAACGAUACAUAACAAAUUUUCUAGAUAUUGUCCGCUACUUGACUUAUCCUGAUUUAAGUGUGACUAUGAUAUCUGAAGUUUGAACCUCUGUUGCGUGUGUUUAUCUAUUUUGCAAGUAUCUUAGAGGCGCGGGUUGGAGUCCUGUGGAAACUUGAAUUGUUUCAAGCUUCUUUUCUGCAAUUGUGUAAAUUUAAGUUCACCUGUGAGGAUCAUUUCUUUGCUUGAUUUUCAUUCUCAGAUCAAAUAAAGUUUAUUUGACGAAAAAAAUGUAAUCUCUUUUCAGUUGGUAAUCAAAGUGAAAGGACGAAGAAAGCUCGGCACCAAGUACACUGUGGUUGAAUAUGUCCUGUUCCUUUCAAAGUUUUGUUUGGAGAGCAAUCCUCAGCAGUAAGCUAUAACUGUAUCAUAAUCCAAUGAAUUAAUUUGAAUAAUUGUACUGAGAAACAUAUCUCCUCACACAAAAGUCCUAUCCAACUUUCCUUGUGAAUGACAUCAUGUUACCCGCUGAAAGUUGUCUUGAUAAAAUUUGAUUGGUAACCUUUGAAAUUUUCUUUUCACAAGAUGGUUAUGAAUUAAGAGUUGCUUAGUUGUUAGUUGUCGCAGUAGUUGUCGACGAUGUUUUAAAUCUGAAACAGCGUGCAAAGGUAUGCACACACCUUAAAUGAGGUUUCUUAAUGCUUUACAAACCUACAGUUUGGUGGUGCAACCAAUAACUUGCGGCUGCCUCAUUGUCGUAAACAUUUUCUUAAUUCUUAAUCAGUCUGUGUUGUUUAUAUCAGUGAUCAAGUGCUCGAAAAGUCGUCUUUAAAACCGGCUACCCUAACAGUGCAGAUGGAGUACACACCUCUUCCAGUGAUUGACGUGUGCCACUCAUUAACCUCUGAGGACUUUGGCAGAAUCUAUUUGAGCAGACUACGAAAUCUCCACCCGAAUGAAGGUAAAUAUGUAACUCUUUUUAAAUUUUAACAUUCACACUGAGCCGAGUAUUGCGAUCUCUUUGGUGCAGUUUCUAAGCGUUUCUUGAACCGCCUUGAAACAUUUGGUAGUGACUACAGGGAAAUUAAGAAGAGCGUUUGAAAAAAGGCAGAAACGAGUUCUGAUUUAGCCAACUUUUCCUACAACUCACCAAUCUAUCCCCCAGUAAUAAUUUACAAAAAUUUCUCUCUUUUUUUUUUCAAUUAAUAACAAUUCUUCAUAAGCGCAUAAAAAACUUAAAGUAAACAGUUUCAAGACCAAUUUUUUCUGCCUUCCGUUUGCGAGAAGCAUCAUGCUUCAAUUUUCCGACAUCUAGUCUGUUUUUGUCCACUUCAGUUUCAGGAGUUCUACUCGUCUGUGUUCACAGCGGUCAAGGCCUGGUUCCCAUGGACAAACAUGGACGCAGUGAUCCGUAUUGUGUAAUUUAUGAAAACGGAAGACAGGUAACGCACCCAAGCAUAAAUAAAUUUUCUUCAAUUCCCUACCCUCAAAGAAGUUGAACAAUUAUGAAAUCAAAUUUGUUAUUCCUCAAAAAUGUUCCCUCAAGAUCUCUAGACGAAUGUUUCGAUCUUAACACUUUUUCGUAUCGUACGAAGCCUAGCACCUGAAGCUGUGGUACUCUGAGAUUCUGCUUUCUGCCAAAAUUCCGUAUGAAUGAAUUUUUUUUUUUUUUUGGUAGGGGUUGUGGAAUGACAAAAUGAACAGGAAUACAGGAAUGGCGGUGUUAUCACGCAACAUGCAAUAGUAGAGGGUUUUUUUAAAUUUCUUUAUUUCAGGCCAAGCGCGGGGAGGCCGUGAAAGGGACCCUGAGUCCUGUUUGGGACACUAUGGUUGAAAUACUUGUUGGUGACUUUACACAGGUUUGUUAUAGAAAAUAACCGUUAUUAUAGAUAUAGCAUCGUAGAUAAUGAAGCAUAUCCCGCCUAUCUGAGUUGGCGGAGAUGGCUUAUCUUUUCUCGUUCGGGAUUGCCUGCUAUGUUCUCGCGAAAACGAAAUGAUCUGGCGCAAUAUUUUAACCAUAAAAUAAAUCCGUUAACGACCUGAUUUUUCAGUCAGACACGAUGGCUGGACAUUGGUGUCCUCUGUAUUUUAUGAUAAUUGACCUUGUUUAAAUUUAAAAAAAUAACUAAGCCAAUUUUCAUUAAUUUUCCAUAGGCGAGGGCCAUAAAAUUAAUUGUUGUAACGAUCAUAUCCCACAGGUUUACCAUAAGAGAGAAGCAAAAGCUAAAACUUUAACAUGCCAUGCUAGCGAGACCUUACAAGGCCGAAUCAGAUGUACCCGGCUGCUAACUUUUAGCUCACUUUUCCCCUCUUCUAUUAGCAUGAAAGACCCAAUAUCGCUGUCAUUGACGUCUUAAUGUGUGCUGUGUAGCAUAUCAUACCAUUGAACGCCAUUUAAAGAGUAUUUCCAGGGCUCUAAUCUCCGUUCACCUGUGCAUUACUACAGGCAAAUUACAAAUAUAUUUUGGAAUAAGAUUUCCGUGAGAAGAUAACCUCAAUGGGCCAUUUCGUGUUUUAUUAUGAUAAUAAUAGAUGAUAAUAACAGUUCUAUGUUCUUAUACUAGACGACUUUAUCGUUUGUUAUCCUGGACAAAGACACAAAUGCUAUUAAAAUGAUCAAAGAUGAAAGAGGUGACUUCAUGGGAUCGUGCAAUCUUUCUCUUACUGAGGUGAGUAUGAGGAAAAUCUCGGACGAAAUGGAAAACUGAAAAGAAAAUCAAUUUUUUAAUUUAAAUAGUAGUUCUGUUUCCAUUCCUAUCGAUUCUAUCGAUUUUUUGUUCUUAACACAUUUUGACGUCAUCUGUGAUCUAUCACUGAACAGACGCACGGCAACUUGGAAUCUAUUUGUUAAUUUGAUGCCGGGUUUUCAUGAAAUAAAUGAUAUGAACAAGAAGUAGAACAUUUGAAGAAGAACGAACUGAAAAAUCGAUUAUGAACGAGAGUUUACUUUGUUGAAAGACUUCAAGUUCGACGUAAUAUGUGGUGUCCACUAUGACGGUGUGGCAUAGGGAUCGUAUUCGAAACUUUAUAAGUACAUUUGCGUAUUCAUUAGCAGCCUCUGGAUUGGCUCAUUAUUUCUCACGUCGUAUCAUCGUGUAUUUUAUCCACGACCACGUAUAAUAAUAGUAUGCAAGCAUCCAUUCGCUUUUCAGUUCGUCCGGUGAUAUCAUAUCACCUUUAUCACUCUCUUCUCUUUUACAAAAAGUGACAACUGUACAGUUUUCCCAACACUUGGGUCAGUAGUGUUCUUAGCUGAGAGGAUCUCUUAAUUUCAUUUCUCCACCGCAGUGCAAAUAUAUGAAUUUUCACAUAUCUAAAAUCAUCAUUUAUCUUUUGGAUAGUUUAUUUGGACCCAACACAUUGAUCAGCUCCCAGCUGGCUUGUUAGCUCAAUUGGUAACGCACUGCACCGGUAUCGCAGGGGUCAUGGGUUCAAAUCCCGUACGGGCCUGAAUUUUUUUCAGGUCCUAUUUUCAAGUACUCGUUUCAAUAGUGUUCUUAGCUGCGAUGAUCUCUUAAUUUCACUUGGCCUUUUGGAUCGGUUUCAACUCAUCGCGUAACGACACUCUGUACUUUUAUGAUUUUUUAAAAUUAUUUUUGAAGAACUGAUUGAAUGAAGCGAUGAACAGUGGGAGCCCUAUCUUACUCUUUUUACUCUUUCGUUUCCAGGUAUCACCUGUGCUUUUUAAGAAAAACCUGGACUUACUGUAUAAAGUUAAAGGCUCUGGAAUGAUGAAGGCGGGCAAGCUGUGUGUGUCCGCCAUUUUUAGACCUGCUCCAUCGGUGGCCAAGUCUGGUAAGUACACUUACCUACACAGCGGGGCUCUUUGUACCUUGCAGUCUAAAACCGUAAAAUCCGAGUUUUAUAAAAUUGGCAAAAAACAAUUAAAUUACAGUAAUAAUAAUAAUAAUAAUAAUAAUAGUAAUAAUAAUAAGAGUAAUAGUAAUCAUCCUAAAAAUAAACAUAACUCGAAUUGUUAUGCCACAUAUACAUGCAUUUUCACUUGUACUUGCACAGGAAGCACUCUGAUGGUCCGGGUCCAAGCCUUCCAGCUGCUAAUCGCUGGAUUUGUUCUCAUUUUUCCUGAGUUCAACUUCUAGACUGUGCUUUGCUUAAAGCCAACUGAUCUGCCUCCUGCCAGUUGGCAGCUCAUUCAUUCAUUCCUUCAUUUAUUCACUGAAUUAUAUUUACCCUGAAAUGCCCCAUGAGGGUAGAGGUCGAUUAAGUACAUUUACAGACUUAUAUUGGGCAUCGUGGAUGAUAUGCAGAAGCCAGACCGAAUAAGCUGAAUACGUGAUAUUUCAUGCGUAGAAAAGUUAAAUCUCAAUUCAGAUAUUUCCCCAGAUUUUUUACUCACGUCGGUUGAGUUUGCAUCACUCAACAUUUUGUUUCUUCUCUCGUUAGAAAUGAAAGAAAGUGGCCAAGGUCUACCAGAAGGAGAACCUCCUGGUCAAGUAAGUUUCUUUCCUGUACUGACUUUCCCUUUAAGUUUGGAUGGUUUUACAAUGAAAGAGAGUUGGAUAAAUUAAACUUUACUUCUCCCAAAUAUAUAGAAGGAUGCUAAGACUGAGAUACAGACACUAGAGGCUUUGCUGCGUGCAGGUAAGUCAAAGUGUUUCAAGUCGAUAAGUUGCCCUCUAAUGUUCAGCUAUAUAGUAACAAGGUGACAUCUUAGCUGAUGGAUGUUGGUCUACGAAGAGAGCCACUAAUGCUAAGUGGGACUAUUGAUAUUGACUUGAAACGGUCUUCAAGGUUUAUUCAUAUACAUAAAUUUAUUUGCAGAACGAGGAAGCGUCGAAAUCAACAUUUACCAGGGACGUAAUCUGGUAGUUAAAGAUAUUACUGGUAAGAUAAAAUUCACGGAGACCUUCAAAAUACUAUAUUUUCUGCAAAUGACAUCGAAGAAUUCUUGGAGAAACCAGCCUUUUAAGUAUUUAUACCACAAUUCAGAAUGAGAAUUGAAAGGCUUAGGAUUGACGGAACCUUGAACAGAAUAAAAUACAAAGACGAUUGAUUUUACCUCGUGGCAAUUGACAAAGGAUAACGCCAAGACAACUGUUUUGUAGAUUUCCAUAACUUUGCUUCUUGCUGAAUUGAGUGACCAGUGAACAGUACAUUGUAAGGUCUUACAAAGUGACUGGAAGUAAUUACCCUACUCUGUAAACAAAGAGAAUAAUUUAAGAUGCCACCCGAACACGAAGUUAGCAAAAAGCAAGAAUAGGUGGUAAUGAAAAGUAGGAGCGACCAACGCGAGUAGACUAUGUAAUGCAACAUUUUGUAACUUGGAAGAGUGAUUGGAAGCCUGGAAAAAUGCAAAAAUAUUCCAUGUCCCUAGAAAAGCUUCUCAGCUUCUCUGUCUACAGGUAAAAGUGAUCCGUUUGUGACAAUAAAGGAUGGAAGUGAAGGAAGAGAGAAAUAUAGAUCACGGACCAUCACCAACACGUUGGAACCCGUUUGGAGUGAGACAGCUGUUGUAGCGAUGCCUGAUGUGAAUGGACUCCUGUUACUGGUGAGAAAGAUUUGGCUUGAACUCGAUUCAGCCGUUUUUUAUCUUUUAUUUUUUAUUCAAUUUCGAUUUUACAUUGAUUUAGAAUUGAAGCUGCAGACAUUUUUAUCAAACUUUUUCGUUUUUUAUUCAAUUUCGAUUUUACAUUGAUUUAGAACUAGUUCAACGUUUGCCUUUUCCUUUGCUUCUCUCAUUAAAAAGUAGAUCAAAAUAUGUUUAUAAACGUGGGCAAUAUUUUUCAAGGAGACAAGAGAAGUCUUCAAGUAAUAACCCAGGAAAAAUAAAAGAACCCUAAAUAAAUAAAUAGUGUGUACUCAGGUACACACUAUUCCGCUAUAGGUUUAUAUCAAUUAGAUAUACUAAGUUUGUGCUUGGGCAAAUCAACCUGGAUGAAAAAAUAUCAACUCACCAAGAAAAAUCACAUCAUUCGCCAACAUUUAUCUCUUCUUUUUCAGGAAGUGUGGGAUAAAGAUCCAUUGUCACAGGAGAGAAUGGGACAGAUAGGAUUUACAACUGAGAAACUGAAAGAUUUAGGAAAGGUGUCUACAUAGGCCGACUUUAGCUUUCUCCUUAUUUGCAGUUUAUUGUUUCUUAAAAUUCUUUUCAGAAUAUUAAUGCAAUAUUCUUAAAAAUUACCGGUAGAGAAUAAAAUGCAUGGAAAGGAAAUUUUCAAAACUGAUCGAUCCCCAUUUCAUUCCUUAAGUAAAAAGGAGAAAUUUGAUAAGUGGCGGAAUCGUGAUUUUGACUGAGCGUUUCCUGUCUCUUCAGUAACAUGGUUCAGUUUGGUAUCCCUGUACGGGAGCUUUGAAUGCUCGAAACUGAAAUGAUAAUAAACUGGAGAACACAAAUCAGCCACCAGCAUUCAGAGGGAAUGACCUUUCGCUUUCCAGUUACACUGUUAGAUUACAAUUCAGUCUCUCUAUUCGAAUAUACUCUGAGAAGACUUAACAUUUAAUUAUGUCAUUUGAUAGCCUCCCUAUGAGAAGCGCUGGUACAGGCUGCGUGGGGUGAAAAGUGGAGAGCUACAACUGGCGUUCAAAUACACUCCUCCGCAAGUAAGAAAGAUCAUGUUAUGGAAAUACAAAAUGUAACAUAAUACCAAGUGUAGGCAUAAUCACUCAUGCAAUUUUCUAAAGUCGAUGAAAUGCAAAUUAUGUUUGAUCUCUCCGGACAUUGGGGGAACAAUGGCGUCAUCAGGCUUUUGUUUUUUCUAUUUUCGAAAAAUUGGAAUUGGAUAAAGCUUCGAAACAGAAAAAUGUACUUUAGAGAUCUAUCGUUCAUGAAAUACCGAUAUUUGCCUAUGAUCACGGUAUUCUUCUUUUUCUCCUAAAGUUUGAAAAAAAAUCGAAUUACUUACGUUAGAGCGGAGAGAGAUUUAGAGCCACAGAACAGGAAAACUAAAUUUAGUAUUUUUUUUGCUACCUUUCUUGUUCAACAGUAGGACGAUAAUUUUUAACUUUUUGGGGGGUGGGUUUAUGGUUUGCGUUUCUUUCUAUUUUGUCUCUGAUUUAUCUGGGAGUAGUAUAAAGGAAGGUAAAUCAAAGGUAUGUUUUCCGUUCGUGUUAUUAGUAAGCUUAGUUCUACAUCGAUCUAAUAAUGUUUUCUUCCUCUACUGAGAAAGCUACUUCUUGCUUCCAAGACUGAAUCAAUAUUUGAAUCUAAGAAUAGACUCACAAUUUAUAUACGCGUCAACGAAAUAAAGAAGAGUGAUGAAAAUACGUUAAUGUAAUGUAAAAGUACUAACAAAUCUAUUUAACAACACAACAGGCAGAUGAUGACACCUCCAAUACUAACAUAGGCAGUAGUGAGCCCCGACAGCACAGAGGUUUGUUUCUCCACUAAAUCCAUUUAAAAAUCACUUUUAUAAUAUAUUCGGAGGAUAAUUAAUUCUAGAAAUCUCAAUUGUCAUGUGCCAGUCGAAAAUAGCCCUCUUCCCGCUUCGUCAAGAUACGGAAUCACCAAGUUGUCAAACUUCAUAGUUCGCAGUCAUUCAAUAACGAAGCUCUCGUUAAGAACAUCUGGCAAUAGCUUUAUUUCUUCCUGUUUCAUCUCACAGAGAAAAAUUUGCUUUCUUCGCCAGGUCCGUUUUUACUGAGUGCCAACAGCACUUUGUCGACUUCGGUGAGAGUGCUUCAUUCUUCACCUAACGAGGAAAAGGAACCACUCAUUGGUAGAGGCCCGACAUCCAUUAGCGGUACCACUCAAUCAAUGGAAAGAGACAGAGGAGGUAAUGAUGAAUUCCCAGAGGUUUUCACACAAAAUACACCAGCUAAUUUGCAAACAGGGCAGGAUCGAGAAGAAUACGAACUCAAAGCCUGGCCCAGGAAAACGCGACGCCUUCGAUCAGUUGUUGACACCGUUAGAUCUCUUCGGUUUAACACAGCUCCCAGUGUCUCAGCGGCUUCUUCUAGCACGGUGAACACCUCGGGGCCAGAAGAGGGCAUUGGACAGAAGGUAGAAGGUAAAGACAAAUCCAAGAGCUCUUCAGGCGCUCAAAAAGGCAAUUCUAUCCGCAAGAAGUUCUCUUUUCUGAAGGGCCGACAGCGCAGCAUCAGCGAGAGUCAUCUGAGUGUGCUUUACUCAUCACAUGACGAUAUAGACCCGUUACUAAAGCGAAAAAGUGAAAACGAAUCGGACGGAGGCAAAAAUCGCUUCAAGAAACGUCUCCGGCGAAGCAGUGAGAAUAUUACUGGGUCUACCACGCUAAGUCGUCAAAGGAGUGUCGAGAAAAACUUCCAUUCUCUGCCAAAUAGCCCUGUCACGGUUACUUCACGAAGAGAUCUGUCUGAACAGUUGACUGACCAUAGAGACUCACGAAGCACUGCGUCUUGCAGCUUAAACUCGCGUGAUUCGAGUACAAAUCAAGAAAGUUGUCCAAUGUGUGACUAUAACGUUUUAAUUCUAAGUGAAUGUCCCGAUUGCCAGAAUUCGCAGAAGAAAAAAAUCAAUUCUUCAUUCCAAGAAAGACUGAUUCUUUAG